GUUUUCAUCUCAAAUGCAAAAUCAACACGACAUCAACGAAGUGCGGAAAACUUUGGAGAAGCAACACGAAAUAUUGAUGGGAAUUGCGAGCAUGGUCUUCACUGGGCAGUCCUCUGUGGGGCCGAUUGUCACACUUGGCUUUGUCAAACUUGUAGACGCCACAGACCGCUCACAUACAAUACCGAUGGACGUCUGCGACUCGUUUGAGCGAUUCAAUGAGCAGCUGCAGCUUCUAUUCAAACACAACUCGAACCAAGCUCAAAUUCAGAGACGGUAUAUGGAGCAAGAACAAUACGAUUUGUGCAUUGACGACGACAAGAAAGUGACCCGACUUACAAGCCAUGGAUGGCCAAGAAUCGAAGCAGGCACGACGAUCGUCAUGAGGGUCAUCCUUGAACAAGAGACACGGCCUGAAGCUGAAUACCAAUGUCAUUUUUGCGGCGCUGUCAAUCGCAUUGGUGUGGAGCAUUUAUUUCAACGCCAGGCUGGUUGCUCGAUCAAUUGUCGAGUAUGCAAACGACGAUUUCAGAUCUCCCGCAGAAACAGUGCAAAGCGGAAAACACAAUCCUGCAUUGACUACAUCCCUGGAAGUGAAGCAGAGAUGCACCUUAUUCGUAACUUUCAUGUCCAGCAAACGGCCGUGUCUCGCUCUCAGUUGCUUGUGACUUAAAUGCUGGCGGUGCUUCAGCAAUGUCCUAUUCCCAUAGGAAUGAAUUUCUCCGCGAUGGCUCAACCCAACCAAGUCACGUUUCACCCUCGCACGACGGGUAUCAUGAUGCAUAUAACCG